UUGGCGGGAACUCACCACACACCCGGAGGCCUUACUAGGGUCUGGUUGCUGCAGGCCUCCUAGGCGGAGUCAGUGCGAAGGGGCAGAGCUUCCUCAGGAAGGAGUCGCAGUUCCUCAGCCUCCCGCGGAGAGCGCAGUCGGUCGGUUAGACCGGCUCUCCGAGGGCGGGGUGGGAGGCGGAGCGCCACGGCCAUGCAGCAGGCAGCGCGCGCGGGCUGCACCGGAGCUGAAGGCCAGGCCGGCCAGGGCGGCCCCAGCGGUGCGGCCACGGUGGCCCCGGCAUCUGGCGGAGCUGCUCGUGUCACGCGAGCACAGCAUGCCCCAGGGCCGAGCGAAAAUGCAGGGUCCACGGCCAGAAGGCCGGGAAACCGACCACAUAUAUUCGCCCUCAGUGUGCCUUUCCCGUCCCCUUUGGAGGCUGACAUCGCCUGUGGGUCUCUGGCCCCAGAUGCGGAACCCCAUCCAGGGGCGGUGCGGAAGGAGCUCACAGUGAGCGGCAGCGUCCUAGCGGUCCGCUGGAGAGCUGAUGAUUCUCGCCUCCUACGAAUUUCCAUCAUCAACUUUCUUGACCAGCUUUCCCUGGUGAUGCGGACCAUGCAGCGCUUUGGGCCCCCUCUUUCUCGCUAGGCCUGAGCUAGGAAAAGGGGGCUGAGGCCCAACCUUGUGUCCGGUCCUAGGCAGUGGAUCCUUCCAACGACAGUGAUUAUUGCAAGUAGUUGCCACUUUAUUGUGGAGCCCUAAAUCUUUUGCCUGUACUGGCCCUUGGGCACUGGAGGUUCACUUCAUUUGUUUGGUACUUAAGUGCUGAUCACUGCAGAAAACAAAACUGAGCUACUAUUCCAUGUCUGACUUUCUUUUCGAGUACAGCACCUAAUAUUCUUGCUUUGGUCCCAGGGUUGGAGGAGAGGUCUGGGAUUCAGAUAUUCAAGCAAUACAAGGUAACUGAAAACAAUUUAGGAAAUGGAAGAUGGGUCCUGUCGUUCAGUAUUAACUACUGUCAACAUUUCAGAAUGUUUCCUUAGUUUUAUAGCUGUAUUUAUAUAGUAAAUGUAUAACAAUAAUACAUAAUGUAUAAUAUUUUGCAUUUUUAUUGAUAUUUUUCAUCUAACAUGAGCUUUUCCACUAAAAAUUCUUCAAAAGCAUUAUUGAAUGGAGGCAUAAAAAUACAGUGUAAUGUAAUUACUGGCCAUUUAAAUUAUUUUCAAUUUUUGUCCUAUUAUAAGUAACGGAUGAGUCAAAGGAAUUCUUGUAUAUAAAUCUUUGCAUGAUUGUUUCUGUAAGACAGAUUCCAAGAGGUAGUCUUACUGCGUUAAAUAUUUAUGAUUUAUUUUUUAAAGCUCUCAAUCUACAGUGCAAAAUUGCUCUCCAGAAAAUGUACUCUCCCACCAGAAUGCUGGUUUCCCACAUCCUUGUCACUGCUUGGUCUCCUUGGCAAACAUUGUUAAAAACUUAGUUUGCAUGAGAAGAGCAAACAACCCAGAAAUACUAGAAUCAGAGUCUUGUGGGCUCAUUGGCCGUGUCUCAGGUCAGUGAAGAGAAGUGCUGGGACAAUUGGUUAGGCCUUUAGUUGGAAGGAAUGAGCUCCCUGUAGAAUACAUUGCCGUGCUUGCUAAAGUCACUUAUUCUAGCAGCUAUUUUAUAGGUGCGAUCAGAUUUUCUCCAAGAUGAUGUUUUCUCAGAAUAAAGGCAAUUUUAGUUCCUUUUCAA